AUGGAUAACUUCAAAGCAUACUACAUGAGACUGUAUAAAUACUGGGGCUGUGGGGCUGGUUACUUAUUCAUCUUUGAACUGCAUCAGAGAAAGAAAAUACCAGAACCAAAAGCUGCAGCCGCGCUGAAGAAAGACGCAAAGAAGGCUGUUGCCAAGAUCCAGCCUAAGGGAGGAAAGAAGCGCAGAAAGACCAGGAAGGAGAGCUACGCUAUCUACGUGUACAAAGUGCUGAAGCAGGUCCACCCCGACACCGGCAUUUCUUCCAAGGCGAUGGGCAUCAUGAACUCAUUUGUCAACGACAUUUUCGAGCGCAUAGCCGGCGAGUCGUCCCUACUGGCUCACUACAACAAGCUCUCCACCAUCAUUUCCCGGGAGAUGCAGACAGCCGUGCGCCUCCUGCUGCCCGGAGAGCUGGCCAAGCACACCGUGUCUGAGGGCACGAAGGCCGUCACCAAGUCCACCAGCUCCAAGUAAACCGAGACCGUCCCUGCUCCGUCCUUACAACAACGGUUUGAUACCAGAUCUACAAGUUAUAAUACACUCCUAUAAAGUUAAUAAACCGUGUUUGUUACAUAGAUUAUUUGGUACUAAACAUUUCAUGAAAAUCUACUUGGAAAAUCAAAUAAAACUACCAGAGUCACUAUAGCCUACACUACACAUCAUUUAGAUACAACCACAACAAUAUUUAUCCAUGAAAUGUUAGUUAAUUCAGCCGUAGUAAUAGUAUACACAAUGACCUUUACAAAACAUGCAUGAUCAAACACAUUAACAUCUUUGAGCUAUAGGAAAUGUAAUGGAUUUGUAGUAGAAGCCUAGUUAAAUUACUGAUGAGAUGGUCAGUAAGCAUCGUGGCCUUUCAUUGUUUCUUAUGCAAAUAUAGCUAUCUUGGAGCAAACAUGCUUUGUGGUUGUAGUUUUGUAUACCGUUUUAAAUAAAGAAAUUAUUUAAAUUCCCCGCUGUCGUUGGUUAGACUAUAUUGGGGAUUGUCUUAAUAUCCUGAUUGCUUGUCUCACCCUGUCCCUGUGCAUAAACUAAUUGUAAUAAUUGAUGGGAAGAAAUGUUGCAAGUAUAUAACUUUUGCUGUGUGUUUUAUAGCUUUAUUCUAAAUUAAUUUUACUUUCCCAAAACAAACAGAGUUUCUUUAAACACAAAAUAUGUCAUGGGGCGUUUCUAGUGGGGAAUGGUUACAGUUUCAGUCGUGUCUAGGGGUUUCCCAGCUGUAAACAAUAUCCUGCAUUUGUCGAGAUAUUAGAGUAUGUUCACUUCAUCCGUUAUGCCUACACAAACUGGUUAGUUGUCACUGUAGUGUCCAUGCGUUAACAUGUCUGUCAAUGCCUCUGCCGUACAUCACACUCUUGAGAUUAUUAACUGAAAUAUCCUGUGCAACACGAAGAAAAGUUCAUUCCAAACCCUUAACUGUUAAUUCUUUAUUAUAAAUGUAGGAGUUUGUAAAUAAAUGUUUACCUUGUGUAUUUGAAUCAAUGCAUUUGACCAUAUUGUUUGCCUAUGGUUAAGUGGCAUUCAAAAUAUCUAUGUUUUAAGUUUUAUGGUGGUUCAUUUAUCCUUGGUUGUUGGUGACUCUGCUCACCAACAGAGAUGUCUGUUAUCUUAGUUGCUCAGGUUGUGACAAGCGUCAGGCUUCAGGACACACCCAGCACUUAAAUAAACAUGUUGUUUUCCACAUACAGGGACGAGGGAAUGUUUGGUCACAAUGGGCUUGCAGCCUAAAAGUGUCCAUCUGAUAAUCUCUCUCUGUCCUUUUCAAAGUCAUUCCAAGAUGUAUCUUAGAAACUGUUGGAAAUACUGAAACAAAUUGUCCAUCAGUUGAAUUGACUAUGCCACAAACAAACUUCUCCAGUGACAUUUGAACCAGGGAUCUUCUUUAUUGAAAACUUAAGCCCCUAGGCUCUAGAACUACCCCAAGCUUGUAUGGAUGUCACAGACAUUUACUUUUGUACUGUGUGUGUGUGUGUGUGUGUGUGUGUGUGUGUGUUUGUGUGUGUGUGUGUGUGUGUGUGUGUGUGUGUGUGUGUGUGUGUGUGUGUGUAAUGACUUUGUUUCUAAAUAACAUUGAAACGAUUAUGGCAGAAGACAAACAAAUGUGAAAAAGUGCUAAAUGUAAAUUAUUAUUAUUAUGAGUUGUUAUAUUGGGAUUUGGUCGUGAGUCACUAAGAAGAAUGCUUGUAUCUUAUUUUUAGAUGAAAUGACAUCUCUAAAAACUGCCUACAAAGGGUUGAAAGGCGAGCGUAAUACAUUAUAUUACUUAGUUUAUAAACUGUAAACUGCACCAUACAGCUUAAUUGGCUGUGUCUCAAUGCCCCUGGUCGCUAAAUGUGCUUCUCCUAUCAUUGUUAGAGCUAACAAGAAAGAAAAGGUUUCAAUUUGCCAGUGAAUAUUUGUGUUCUGUCUACUGCAUGUGUUUCUACUUAAAUAUAAUGAGCAUUAGAUACAAUUUGAUCAUGUAAAUGAUCAAAAAUAGAUUCUCUAUUUUACUUCAGUCGUGUUAUAAUUCCCCUGGUAAAAAAUGAAAUGGUGUUACAACCGCCCAACUCAGGGAGAUAUUUAUUUACCUUCAAACUCUGGCUUUUUAUUUUCAGGAACUUUUAAGAGGAGCCCCUCUGUCAAAGGGUCUGCAUACUGUAUUGUGAAGAAUGUGGUUAUCAGAUGAUUGCAUUACACCCCAGAUAGGGCAGGUGUAAGUUAGAUAGCCAUGUUUUUAGACACUUCGUUUUAACGAGUCAAUUUGUAAACCAAGAAAAAAUCCUUAAAGUGAAUUUAGGAUACCUCCAAAAAUGUUUAUUUGCAAAGAAAAUGCUUAUCAUCUGCGUAAAAUAUUUGUUUGUGUUUAUAUAUAAAUGCAUAAGUGUUUGUAGACUAAAUGUACGCCUAAAAAAUGUAAAAUAUCUGCUUACACACCCCGAACUAUGUUUGUGUUGCAUAUAAAUAACAAGAAGCAGAGGAUACAUCCUGUAACAUGUAAGCACAAUACAAGUGAACAGUUUUACAGAAUAUGGCUAAGUAGCUGUUUGUAAAUAUUUUAAAUGUUUGGUAAGCAAUGUUUUCUGAUGAAUAAAUUGGAUUAUUUAAAAGA